CUCGUAUCAUCUAAAAUAAAUAAAUAAUAAAAUAGUGAUGUGGUUAGGGAAAAACUUGAUGUGAUGCUUCGCCGCCUUGUGGUCUUCCGCCAGCAUCAGCUGCCUGCGCUCUCCCCUGUUUCUUUGCAAUCACGCAGCGAAGGAAGUUUUCCGGCAGCAACCGAAGGAGAAGGAAGUUGAAUUGAAAGGGCUCAAAGCAAUCAUGACAAGGAGAAGCAAAGGUUCUAAAAAGUUUUUCAAUGCCCCAAAGCUUAGGCAUGUUCUUGAAAAACAAAAUUGCUAUGAAGGAGAGAGACUCGCUUGGCUGCUUAAAUUAAUUAAGAGGGAGGUUGAAACAGUGAGACAGUCGGAUGCAACUCUGCCUGAAAAAUUUUGGCUCAAGCAACAAUUCUCAAUAGGAGUAAAUGAUGUCACUCGUGUUCUUGAACGGAUGGCACCAAGUGCUGAGAUGGGAAGCCAUGCUCAACGCCCUCCUGAAAACCAUUCUGAUCACAAAAUAUCUACGGUUCAACUUCAGGCUGUGCUAUUGGCUUCUGAUUGCAAACCUAGGUGGCUGACUGAACAUCUUCCGAGCUUGACCUCUUCAAGAAAUGUUCCACUGAUCUUUGUCAAAGAUAACAAAGCAGGUUCUUUAAGAUUGGGGGAGCUUGUUAAACUCAAAACGGCAAUUGCCAUUGGUAUAAAGGCAAGAGGCAGCUCCAUCAAUCGUCUUAUUGAAGACAUUGUUCAUGGCAAUGUUACAGAUUUUGAAACUGAACGCCUGGAGGUCCACUGACAUGCUGUGUCAGCUGUCCUCGUGUAACAACAAUGGAAUACUCCAAGCAUGAAAGAAGAGUCACCUUGUUUGGAAGCCCAAAUUUCAGGCAUUAAAUUUAAAUUUGUGUAAAUUUAGACAAAAUAGCGUAAAAUGUAUUAUUAGUUUUAUGCAAGUCAAUACAAAUUUAUAUUUUAGGCCAAAAAUCCAUGUUCUCGAGUACAACCUUUACAUUAUGUUUGGAGAGAGCUUUGAUUUGAUAAAAUGUAAUAUAUAAUUAUAUUGAAAUUUGUCCAAUUCAUCCAAA